AUGUGCGAUCGCGGUAGCGAUCUCGCGUUAAGUUUCAAAUUUCUUGUCAAAAUCGCGAACGUUAUCGCUCAAAUAAGUGAUGAACUUAAGCCAAUCAUCCAAGAAGCUUCUUUUAUUUGGUCGCAAGAGGGUAUAAGUAACAUUACAAUACAACAAAUAAAUGACCAAAUAAAGAAAGUAUCAUUAUUUGAGGAAAAAUUAGAAAUAUUCACACCUACUCUCGAACUAAAAAUCUCGACAUUUCCACGAAAUUUAAUUAGAUUAAAAUGUGCUCCUGAGACAAAUAUGUACAAGAACAACGAUUAUUACUUUAUGUCAAAACAACCAUCGAAAGUGAUUCUGACACGUUGCACAUGUUAUACAACCGAUCUGGGUGAUAAAGUUGAUGUUGAAACACAAGUGGAAGAAUUGAUACCUGUAACAAAUGCAACAAUCGACGUACAAACCGAUACGAAAAUGGAGGAUAUUCAAAAGUAUAUAACCGCAUCUACUCUUCCGUUGACGAAUAGCGAUGAUGGUGACAAUAAAUUUUCUUUGACUUAUGAUGAAACUAAAUUGAAUAGUAAAACUAUUACUGAACAUUAUACGAGCGGCAGAUACGAACAAACUUCAUCAAUUAUAACACAAAACGAAGUUGAUCGUAUUGCCAGUGAUGGCCAAAAUUUUCUUUACUUUUCUGAUACGACCAAGUCGUUAUGUUAUAUUUAUGAGUUAAUAAGAACACCAAUAAUGGCAACGAGAGAGAUCACUGCACGUUGGCGAUACAUGCCCGUACUCGAUUUAAUUUGGAGUGAUGUUCGAAAACAGUAUUUAUGUGCAACAAAACAAGGAAUUUAUUCUUGCAUGUGUUUCAUAAAUAGUAGACAUAAAAUCGAUAAAAUCGAUGUGAACAUUGAAUUAGCAAAAAAUUGGUCAUAUGUUCGUUUGUCAGUCAAUAAUGACACGAUAGCUAUAUGGUCCGAUACACAGGAAACAAGUGAAUUAAAUUUCUAUAAUCCUGUAACAUUUGAACAUACAAAAUAUUUGGAUUUACGUAAAUAUUCAAGAUUUUGUGAUAAUAGUACAAGUUUUUGUUUAUAUAAAAAUUCGAUUGCGACAUUAUUUCAAUUUAAACAACAACAACAUUAUCAUCAUUCAACUAAGAAAGUAUUUCAUGUUACUUUAUGUGAUAUAGAUUUAGCAGAAAAAUAUACUUUACUACUUGGGGAAUGUGAUAUUGAUCAUGAAAUUCGUGCAGAAACAACAUCAGGAACAUUAUUUGUAACAAAUGGAAAAAAAAAAUUAUGGGUUAUCAGUGAUAAUGGAGGGAGAAAAGAAUAUGUUCGAUUACAACGAACCGGACGAGCAUUAGCCGUAUCAAAAGAUCAAGUGUUAGUUGCUAAUGGUACGCUGGAAUUGCAAUGUAUCACAUUAAGGAGAAUAUAA